CUCCCCGUCAACGCUUUACGGCAGCCUGGUUACGGCCAUUUGUGCGACAUCAGGAAGCGGACGCUGAGGGCGCGAUCGGGCGGGCGAAGUUUUUUUUUAUUUUUAACGGCGUAAAACAAAAAAAAACCCCACCACACACACACAUAGCGCCGAACCAGGGAGAGGGGGCGGGGGAGUCGAUCGCUUGCCCUAAGUCGCCAUGGGGAACCGCGGCAUGGAGGACCUCAUCCCGCUCGUCAACAAACUACAAGACGCGUUCUCCGCCAUCGGCCAGAACUGCAGCCUCGACCUGCCGCAGAUCGCCGUGGUGGGAGGGCAGAGCGCGGGCAAGAGCUCGGUGCUCGAAAACUUCGUGGGGCGGGACUUCCUUCCCCGUGGGUCUGGAAUUGUCACCCGCAGACCUCUCAUCCUGCAGCUGAUGUUCUGUAAAGCAGAAUAUGCCGAGUUCCUGCACUGCAAGGGGAAGAAGUUCACGGAUUUUGAGGAGGUUCGAGCGGAGAUCGAGGCGGAGACGGAUCGACUGACAGGCAGCAACAAAGGGAUCUCCCCGAUUCCCAUCAACCUCCGCGUCUACUCCCCGCACGUGCUGAACCUGACCCUGAUCGACUUGCCGGGCAUGACCAAGGUGCCUGUGGGAGAUCAGCCGGUAGACAUCGAGUACCAGAUCCGCGAGAUGCUCAUGCAGUUUGUGACCAAGGAGAACUGCCUCAUUUUGGCUGUGUCGCCCGCCAACACUGACUUGGCCAACUCGGACGCUCUGAAGAUCGCCAAGGAAGUCGACCCUCAAGGUCUUCGUACUAUUGGCGUCAUCACAAAGUUGGAUCUAAUGGACGAUGGCACAGAUGCACGAGAUAUUCUGGAGAACAAACUCCUGCCACUUCGUCGGGGGUACAUUGGAGUUGUGAACCGCAGCCAGAAGGAUAUCGAUGGCCGAAAAGACAUCAAUGCAGCAAUGGCUGCGGAGAGGAAAUUCUUUCUAUCCCAUCCUUCUUACCGGCACAUGGCUGAUCGCAUGGGAACACCCUACUUGCAAAAAACUCUCAACCAGCAACUCACCAACCACAUUCGUGACACACUGCCUGCGCUAAGGAACAAGCUGCAGGGCCAGAUGCUGAGCAUGGAGAAGGAGGUGGAGGAAUACAAGAACUUUCGUCCUGACGACCCCACUCGCAAGACCAAAGCUCUCCUCCAGAUGGUGCAGCAGUUUGCCUUUGAUUUUGAGAAGAGAAUCGAGGGCUCCGGAGACCAGAUCGACACUGUGGAGCUGUCGGGUGGCGCUCGCAUCAAUCGCAUCUUUCACGAGCGCUUUCCCUUUGAGCUCGUCAAGAUGGAGUUUGAUGAAAAGGAGUUGCGCAGAGAGAUCAGCUAUGCCAUCCGUAACAUAAACGGCAUCAGAACGGGACUUUUCACCCCUGACCUUGCCUUUGAAGCCAUAGUGAAAAAGCAGAUCCAAAAGCUGAAGGAACCCUGCCUGAAAUGUGUAGACUUGGUGGUGGGUGAACUCACCAAUGUGAUCAGAAAGUGCAGCGAAAAGUUGGGCAGUUACCCCAGGCUGCGUGACGACACAGACCGGAUAGUGACGACGUACAUCCGCGAGCGGGAGGGACGCACCAAGGACCAGGUGUUGCUUCUAAUUGACAUCCAACUGGCGUACAUGAACACCAACCAUGAGGAUUUCAUUGGAUUUUCCAAUGCCCAGCAGCGAACCAGCCAGCCCGUUGCUAAGAAGAAGGCACCUGGCAAUCAGGAUGAAAUAAUGCUGCAGGGUGCCCGCCCCUCUCUUCCAGAGCAAAUUGUGAUCAGAAAGGGCUGGCUCACAAUUAACAACAUUGGCAUCAUGAAAGGUGGCUCGAAGGAGUACUGGUUUGUGCUGACCGCCGAAAGCCUCUCCUGGUACAAGGACGAGGAGGAGAAAGAAAAGAAGUACAUGCUUCCGCUGGACAACCUGCAGCUGAGAGACAUGGAGAAGGGCGGGUUCAUGUCCAGCAAGCACAUAUUUGCCAUCUUCAACACGGAGCAGAGGAAUGUGUACAAGGAUUAUCGGCAGCUGGAGCUGGCUUGCGAAGGCCAAGAGGAGGUGGACAGCUGGAAGGCCUCUUUCCUCCGUGCCGGAGUCUACCCCGAGCGCAGAGCGCUUUCACGGAGCAAGGACCAACAGAGUGAGAGUGAGGACUCUACCGGAGACAACUUUGGGAAUUCCAUGGACCCCCAGCUGGAGCGGCAGGUGGAGACCAUCCGAAACCUGGUCGACUCUUACAUGGGCAUCGUCAGCAAGAACAUCCGAGACCUCAUGCCCAAAACCAUCAUGCACCUCAUGAUAAACAACACGAAGGAUUUCAUCCACUCGGAGCUGCUGGCCCACCUGUACUCGUCCAGUGACCAGACCUCGUUGAUGGAGGAGUCGGCGGAGCAGGCUCAGAGGCGCGACGAGGUGCUGCGCAUGUACCACACCCUGAAGGAUGCGCUGAGCAUCAUCGGCGACAUCAGCAUGUCCACCGCAACCACUCCGCUGCCGCCGCCCGUAGACGACUCGUGGAUGCAGAACAACGCGGCUCCCAGGCCUCCCCCCAGCCCGACCCCCGUCCGGCGACCGCCCAACUUCCCGCUAGCGCGUCCAGCCGGCCGUGGCGCCGGGCCCCCUCCGCCCAUGGCGGCAGCGUCGGCGAUGGGCGGACCACCCAUCCCCAACCGCCCGGGCACCCUCAACCCUCCGGCGGGCAGCGACCCCUUCGUCGCACCCCCGCAGAUUCCGAAUCGCCCGAACCGUGCCCCACCCAGCGUGCCCAGGAGGCCUCCAUCUGUACCUGCAAGACCUUACUCAUUCCACCAGUAAAAAAAAACUGCAAUCAUCAUGUGCGGACCUGUAAGUUAUACAUAGCAGUAAGUUGAACUUUGACAGUAAUUCCUUCUUUGGGUGCGGGUCCAAAGGGGCGUUUGUGCAAAAUCCGGUAUAAAUGCCUCCAUGUUGGACAAUGUUCCUCGCAAAGUUGAUGCAUCCGUGCACACAUACCCUUGUUAUUUUGAACAGUUGAGCACUCAUCCUUAAAUGCUGUAAUCGAACCCUUAUUCGGCCCGUUGUGAUUUAAUACCUGCACCGCAUGCAUGCUUCUAUCGUACAACCCCCCUCCCCCCGUCUUGCUGGUAUGGAAUAACAUGCAUGGCUCCAUUUUGAGAUGGCGCACCCCCGCUUUGUGCGGAUGGCAUGGUCAGUGACGACGGGAGAUCCUCGUUUCAUUUAUAUAUACGCUUGGCUUGUUCGCUAAUAUGGAUUUCCUUAACGAAUAAAUGCUCGGAGGCCUUGUACAGGAGAAACUUUUGAAACCAAGAUUGACCUUGAUAGGUAAAUCAGAAUACCGGCAAACCACAUCGCAUGCAAUCUCCCGUUUGCGUUUUCAAAGUGCCGCGCGCGUUGAAUCUCAUCGGAGAAACGUUGCGGUUCUAUGUAGGUCAUUGAUUAUUUUGAGUUUUACAUUUACGAGAAGCUCUUUAAUUUAUUGGCGGCAACUUGAGAUGCUGUUGCACUUAGACGCGAUAUAAAUCCAAAGCAUAUAGCGUGCGUUGGAAUAACGUUGGUUUAAAUAGGAGUUAAUAGAGGUUGUCUUAACUGAAAUCUUGGUUUUAAAUGUUUUUGUAGAUGAUAACUGGAAGAAAUAAGGAGACUCCAUCUCAGUGGCUUCAAACUCUUUCGCAAAACUCCAGCAAAACAGUUAAAGGUCACUUUUAUAGGCCACAUUUGUUAUCAAAUGACUUAAAUAAUUAUCAUUUGGGCUCAAUAUGAUGUCGUCUGUUGUUUUAAUAUUAUUUAACAUUAGAUUCGAAAUAUGCAAAUAAGCACGUUAAAUUAAUAGCUGAAUUUUGAGUGGUUUUCUGCACAGAAUCCGUGGGGACUUUGAAGCCCUGUGGCAGCACAUCGUUUCUUAACGGAUCGAGUAGGAUCGCAAGUCUCCUGCGCCGAACCCUCCAUUCCCUAACUAAGUUUCAAGACAUACUGUGACUUAGUCAGCGGGUCUCCCCCCCCAUCCUCCACCCCUGUAACUUUUAUAUUAUUUGUAAUUUGGCAGCGUUAACCCCUCCCCCCCCCCCCUUUAAGUGAGUGAGCCGCUCAAUUUAAAAAUCUUAACCACGAGCUUCGUUGGCUGUUGUUAGCUCUCCGAAGUCCACGGUAAAGGAGCGACCAUUUGUUGCACUCUGCCUUGCUGGCACCGUGAAGCUUUGUAACUUUUCCCGUUUGCCUCGUGCACGUUGUAACCAAAAAACCCCCCUUUAUCAGCGGCGCUAACACUACAAUCGCCUUUUGACCAAAAGUGGGUCAAUUGAUCAAAAUCUCUGCUGUACAUAUGACUCGGUACAGUGGAUGGCCAUCAUUCAAGCGACAUUCUCACACGUGGGGGAAGUGAGAUCACGUGAAAUGAUUUGCAAUUUCCACCCUCUUAAAGUUGACGGGGACCCCUCUCUCCCAUGCUCGAGCACUUGUCUGUGUUGGAUGACCCAAUUUGUUACACUGGUGCGAUCAACUUAAUUGAUGCUACUUAUUAAUUACAACACCACUUAAGUCAUUCUUAAUCAAGGCUUCAUUUUAAAUAUCGAUAUAGUCCCACCUACACCUAAUGAAGUGCAGUAGACCUAUGUAAGUAUCGCCAGGCAUGUAACUUAAUCUCUGUUUAUGCGAUGGAUUGGCAUGAAUCGGGGUCAUGAUUCGAUUCAAGAAUCAAUUCUUUUUUGUUUUUACCGUACCAUGUAUGUUGUUUUGUCUCGAAGUGUGCUCAAUCAUUCCUCAAGGCACACAGACUUGUAAUGUGCACUUAGCCUCAGGGUUCAAUGCAUGUAUCUGGAGUAUUAGAAUAUAUUUUAGCGGAUUAAUGUUUACAUGCCUGUGCAUCACGAUAAAAAAAAGUUUAAGGUGACUGACAGAUUUGGGUAAACUAAAGUGUGGUAAAAGCUAUAUCGAUUCCCAUGCCUAUGGACCAACCCUAAUGCAAUUGAAACCCAUCUCAGUGGGGCGGGAAGUCAAUCUGGUUAUUGUGUCUCUACCUCAAAGUAUAUCCGGUCAUCGCGCUAAAAUGAGCGCGAUGAUCAUUCAUCUGGGCGGAUGCUCGUUGAUGCUGAUAUUGUCCGUUUACCGAUGUGGUUACACAUUAUUAAGGACCUCAUGGAACAACGUAUUGCAUUAAAGAGUAAUGCGUACAUCUCAAUUGCGAAACUGCUAUGGCACCAGUAAGCGCACGAUGAUUAUGAUGGUGAAGGUUUUUGUGUUAUUUAAACUUUGUACUUUUUGAGGCGUGACCGUUGCUGUUAGUACGGGCAAAACCAAAGUGACGGGCAGGGGCUUAUGUCUGCAAAACCUCGAAUUGAACGUUGGCACGUCGAUUUGUAAAUAGCGAGUGUAUUAUAGUAGUUAUUCAUGGAUCAGUUUUUUUUUCAACUAAAAUCCAAAACGUGCAAAUUUGAUUAACAAAAAAAAGAAAGACGUUUACUAUUGCAAAUCAGUGUGAUUUAACAGAAAAAAAAAACACGAUUCAACUUUAAUCGAUGGAAUAAACAAACGUGACUGCAACCCUAACACUGGUGUUUUAAAUAUUGAAAUCCAUGGAAGAUGCACUCCGAAUUUCACACACUCCGCUUCACGGGAUACGUUGCCACAAUGCACUUGUUGGCGAGCCGCGUGUCAUUCGAUUGUCUCUCUUGUUAACCUCGACGCUUUUGUCCGCACCAUUGUGUGACAUCGAGCCCCCUCGGUCCGUUACACAAAAAAAACUAAAACAUUCCGUAUUGCAAGUGACGCAUUAUAAUGCAUCCCUUAUGUGUGCCGCAGCUUUUGGGGUGUGCUUGCCGUUUCCUGUCACGUGGCUGUUCAGUGAACCUUCUCUGCUGUGGCGUUUCUGCGCCAUCUGUUGGUUCGAGCGCUUGGUGGUAUAACCAUAUUUUACAGUGGCCGAACACCGUACAUUUGCCGUAAAAAAACAAUAACGGUGCUUUCAUCAAAGUGUCGUUAGCUGCCGUGGCGUGUGAAGUGCUCUUUGAAUCGUUGACCCUACUCGCGACAAUAUUUUGUUUGAGCCAGCUUGAUUGUAGCCCUGUUGUUUUGAACUUUUUGUUGUUGAUCUGGUGUAAAUCUGUAAAAGCAGACGAUGCCGUUGACGCAUUUUAAAGUGUUUAGUACCCACUGUGGACACGAGGUGGUGAUUUUUUUCUCGCUUUAGUACUUCACAACGUAUGGCUUGAUACACUGCAAAAAAUCAUUAAAUUGUGUUCAAGAAAAAA